AUGUCUCAUAAAGUGCUUUUCGUAAUUCCUGUUUUAAUGUUUUUAAAGAGUCAUUCGGCUUUGCCGUUAGAAAAACCGUUGUUUUUUGUUGUUUCGCUUUUAAUAUCCACAUUUUUUAAAGAAAUCUUGAUUUAUAUGAAUGACGAUCGUUUAAAUUUACCACUCAUAUCACGACUUAUUCUUUAUACAUCUGUUAGUUCCUUUUUAUCUUUUACUUUAGGUUCAAUCGUAGGAGGUAAAAAAAGUGGGCUUCGUUUCCUUGUAGAAAAUGCACAUCGUUUACCCCAAACUGUUCAAGGAUGGUAUUUUUAUCAUAAAACAAAAAAUUAUUAUGUUAUGUUGGGUGGCAUAAAAGUGGGUUUAAAAUAUGCAUUUCGAACUUCUUUAUGGGUGAAUAUUUAUCUCGGUAUGGAGUAUAUAUUAGAUUAUGUUCGUAAAUGUAUAGAUGCAGGAAAUACGGUACUUGCGUCUGUAUUAAGCGGGUUAAUAUUUUCUUAUGUACAUCAAUUUUCUUACACAAUGACACUUCGUAUUUUUUAUUUAACAAGCUCUCUUGGUUUGAUUAAUGGAGUCUUACAAGAUAUUUUACGAUAUCGAAAUGGACAAUAUGUUUGGUACCUUCAAACAAGACGUUGAUAGAUUUUUUAUUCAUUAUUUUUAACCAUAUUUAUUGGGAAAGUUAAAAUUGCAGCAAUUCCCGUUAAUUGAUUGAGUUGAAUCCCUGAUUCAUGUAAACUUGAAAAUAUUAAUACUUUUCCUCCAUAUUGUUUUACUGUUUCUAC